GCCAGAGCUUUUCAUCAUCGAAGACUUUUCUAGACUCAUGCAAGCCAUGCGCUCGAGCUUACUUCCCAAGACGAAACUCUGAUCUUGGCAAGGAACCAAUUCUCGAUGUGUAGCUGUGCUAGGUUGGAACGGUGUUCAAAUACUUGUUGCCCAGGUCUAAUUUUUUCUCGCUUAGGAUGGUCUCAUCGAAGCUUGGUAUAACGACAUGCACAUCUAACCCGUCUAGGCAGUUGAUGUACAUCUAUCCAAUCACAUCGUCUUGACAACUCGGGCCUUCUACCCUGCCCUCAAAUGUUGCAAUGGGUUAUCGUCGGAUGAUUUCUACCGCCUCAAAUAAAGAAUGAUCUUAAAGAUAGGACCCUCUUACAACUAUCAACGUGCUCAAGUUUCGAGCCCUGGUGAUCUUCAACAUGUCCUCCAAGCAACCUGAGCUGGAGGUCGAGCAAGCAGGAGAUGGCCCUACAAAGCCUGUCUCGCGCUUCACGAGAUGGUACAGAAGCCCUCUGUUUAACGUUAUCAUCGUAGGGUUGAUAUCUUUCACUCAGCCUGGUAUUUGGAACGCGCUCAACAAUGUCGGUGCAGGCGGGCAGCAGGAACCCUACCUCGUCAACGGGGCCAACUCUCUUACCUUUGGCAUCAUGGUUUUCGGUUGUUCAAUCUUCGCGAUUCUCGCCAACAAAUUCGGCCUAAAGAAUGUGCUCAUCUUCGGAACGCUGGGAUAUGCACCGUACUCUGCGUCACUUUACGUCAACAACCGCUAUGGAACCGAGUGGUUUGUUCUAUUUGGCGGUGCAACAUGCGGUAUCGCUGCUUCCGCCUUGUGGGCAUCUGAAGGUGCUAUCGCGCUUGGCUAUGCCGACGUUCACAAUCGCGGCAAGUUCACUGGUAUCUGGCUCGGCCUCCGAGAACUAGGCCAGCUGAUCGGCUCUUCCAUCCAGCUGUCUUUGAACCACAAGAGUGGGAAAAGAGGCAAGGUCGGAUACACGACCUACAUCGUCCUGAUCGCCCUUCAAUGUCUUGGCCUCCCGCUGGCCCUGCUGAUCUCUCCCCCGCAAAAGGUUAUCCGUCCAGAUGGCCAGAAAGUGCCAGACCCCACGAAGAACAAAGCGGUCAUGAAGGAGGUUCGGAGAUGGUGGGACUUACUCCGCGAUAAGCGCUUCUACCUACUCAUCCCAGUCAUGAUCGGCUUCAAUUGGAAUGGAACCUAUCAAGGCAUCUACCUGACGAAGUACUUCUCUGUCCGCGCGAGGACAUUGGGAGCCUUGACUUCUGGAAUUGCGGCUACGGCUGCAAAUAUCCUCUGGGGCUGGUUCUACGAUACGAAGUUCUGCAGUCGACCGACGCUGGCAAAGUUUACUUGGAUUCUAUUCUCAGUACUCAUGCUGGCACUGUUUGGCUGGCAGGUGGCAAACGAGAAGCUAUACGAAGAGGCAGUACCAAAAGUUACACUUGACUGGGACCUCCCGGGCUUCGGUCGCGGCUUUGCAGUGAACGUAUUAUUCAGAUUCAUGAAUGAAUCUCAUUACAUGUUCGUAUACUGGAUUCUCGGCACCUUCUUCGACGACAUCGAGACUCUCACUCUUGCCGUCGGUCUCCUACGCUCCUUCGAAUCUAUCGGCUCAUGCCUUGCAUUCGGGAUCGGAGCUGCGAAAAUCAGACCCAUGAUCAAUCUCAUUGUCGCGUUUGUCAUGUUUUCCAUCACCAUUCCGUCUACAUUGGCAGCAACCUUCCUUGUCCCGGAGCGGCCAGUUGACGAACGCAGAGCAUUGUCAGAUGAUGGUUCGAGCGCAGCGGAGGACGAGAAGGAGGUAGAGGCAGCGACUGUUGCUGCGUUGAGGAGAGACAGUUUGUAAGCCGCACGAGAUAAGCGUAUCAUAAGCUUUACAUAGUAGCGUAGUAAAGCACACUUGAUGACUACUUGGAUUUCCGCUUCUACUCACCACUGGCUUCAUCCUAUACACAUACAUAACCUCUGUUAUAUGUUUAGGUUUAUACCUCCUCUAACUCUUCAUAGUGGCUCACGCGAGCUGGCUAAGAAUAUACCCAAGAAGACAAGAAAGAUCCCUUACAUGCUUUAGCGCUAUACAGUUAAGUGAAUCUAUCAGCGUUAGUGUUUCCGAACUAGUUGCACGUUUAUAUUGUGGUGCACGGUACGAGAGUGCCAACUUUAUAAGGCGCUACCGACAGUGGUUUCUGGGUAUGUAGGCGCAAGCACGCGGGAGUGGGCAGUGGGA